CUCUGUGGUUGAUUGUCUGUCAAAAAACCGUUUGCACUGUUGAUGGGUGUCGAGUUUCUGUAAAAAUCCAAUUUGACUAUAUGAUUUGCGGCUUGAUAAUAUUCCUGUCGUUAUAAAAUGGUUUAAUUACGUUUUAGUCUAACAAAUUGUGUCGAGUGGUGGUUAUAAGUGUAUGCUGUAAGUUGUAAACAAAUCCAAAAUGUCCGUUCCGAGUACGGGUUUGAGCAAGUUGAAGAAGAAACACAUUCGCGUAAAGCAUCAAAAAGUGAAAUUAUUCCGUGCCAAUGAACCGUUACUGUCUGUUUUUAUGUGGGGUGUAAAUCACACGAUAAACGAGUUGAGUCAUGUCACAAUACCAGUCAUGCUACUUCCCGAUGACUUCAGGGCAUACUCCAAACUCAAAGUCGACAACCAUUUAUUUAAUAAGGAAAACAUGCCAUCUCAUUUUAAAGUGAAGGAAUAUUGCCCGUUGGUGUUCAGAAACCUCCGCGAGAGGUUCGGAAUUGACGACCUCGAUUACAAAGAGUCGCUCACAAGAUCGCAGCCAACCCCGGACGACUCGUCGGGUAAGUCGGGCGCCAAGUUCUACCAGAGCUACGACCGGCUGUUCAUCUUGAAGACUCUGACUUCGGAGGAGGUGGAGCGGAUGCACUCUUUCCUCAAGCAUUAUCACCCGUACAUAGUGGAGCGGCACGGCAAGACGCUGCUGCCGCAGUACCUCGGCAUGUACCGGCUGACGGUGGACGGCAUCGAGCACUACCUCGUGGCCACCAGGAACGUCUUCUCAAACCACCUCAACAUUCACAAGAAGUACGAUCUAAAAGGGUCGACGGUAGACCGGGAGGCGUCGGAGAAAGAGUUGGAAAAAGAACUACCCACGUUAAAAGACAACGACUUCAUCAAGCAGGGCGUCCGCAUUGACAUCGGCGACGCCGCCAAGGACAAACUGCUCGAGACGCUGACGGCUGAUGUCGAGUUUCUAACGAAGCUCCACCUAAUGGACUACUCGUUACUACUGGGCGUGCACGAGUGCGGGCGCGGCGAGGCCGAGGCCGAGGCGGCGCGCGCGCGCGAGGCCGACAACGACAGCGACAACGACACCGACACCGACACCGACACCGACAACCGGCACCACGGCGACAAGUGGGGCUACAACACGCCGCCGGACAGCCCGCGCGGGUUCGCGCGGCAGUCGUCGCUGCGCUACCAGGGCAUCAUUCCCGAGCUCGACAUCUACGCCAUCCCCAGUCAGGACGGUGCACCUAAGAAGGAAAUAUACUUCGUCGCUUUGAUUGAUGUGCUGACGCACUAUGGAGUUAAGAAACAGGCGGCGAAAGCAGCGAAGACUGUAAAGUAUGGUAGCAAUGUAGACGGCAUUUCUACUUGCGACCCGGAGCAAUAUGGAAGGCGGUUCAUAGAGUUUGUAGCUAAAGCCAUAGAGGGCAACUAGGCCAUCACCUUCGGAAUACCACCGAAUGUCGAAUACAUGCCAGCAAUUAUUUCUUCACUUUUAAAUCGUAUACGAAUUAUUUUCGCGUGAAUCGUUAAUCACGAAUAUGCAGUUCUAAUCGUUCUUAGGUAAUCGUUGAUAUUGAUACUUUCUAUCGGUAGAAUUCGAAUGUUAACGGCGGAAAUUUUAAAGCAUAAUAAUGUGAGAUCCGUUUUAAAUUGUAAAUUGAAGUGUCUUGUCAGACAUAACAAUGAAACCGUUGUCUUUUUAUGAAUUACUCAGGAUAUAUCCGAAAAUGAGAGAAUAAUGAACAAAAACGUUUAUUGUCGUACCUAUUCACAGUGAUAUCUUUAUUAAAGACUCAGAUAUUUUUGCAUACAAAUCUAUGUGAAGCAUAGGUCAACUUUAAGGAUUUUUCAAAGUUUAUUUUCAUUUUGCAAUGUGAUUUUUAUAUUAUUUUUUAUAUUAAUUAUUCGACAUUCGGUUGUAUUCAAAUACCCUACCUCAAUGGUAGGUUUUGGACUUUUUUGUCUUUACUGAGUCACAAAAAGUCCUUGAUUCAGUGAAUAGAGUACAAUUACCCUAGAUAUGGUAUUUCUGUUUUAAAUUGUUUUACAGGUCAUUUAAAAACGAAAUAGUCUGCAAGUUUUCUUUAUCUCCGCCAUCUUAAAGAAAACUUGGAUAUUUAAUUAUUUUAACGAAGUAUAACAUAUAAAAAUGCAACUACCGGGCGCUUUUUGGCCUCUGUUCACUGAAUCAUACUUGUACAAGUGAAAAAAUCGCUAAGCAGUGCUUCGACUAGCAACGACUAAAGAACACUGGUGGGUGAAGUGAUUUUCGUAUUUAUUUCUUACGCAAUGGGUGUUUAAUUUGUAUAUCAACAAAAGAACCGAUUGCCUAAGAAAUAAAUGUCAAUAAAUGAAAGUGAAAUGCGUUUACAGAUUACUCAUUGGAAUUUAAAAUCAUGUCAACAGUUUAAAAUGGACUUUGGGAGCCAUAGCAAUAAAAAUGGGACUCAAAUAACCAGAUUACAGUGUUAUUUAUGAUCUGGUCAAUUAUUAGAAUUUUCAUGUUUUUAGGUAAAAUUAAAACUCAAAAACAAUGUUGGCUACCCUAAAUCUAUUUUAUCUGUGGCAACAUUAAAAAAGAUGGCGUCUGUUCAAGACUGUACCAGAUAUCGAAGUCAUUUUUAGUUUCCGCUAGUCUCACUAGACAUGUUCAGUUUCAAAAUUGAUACUCCGUUAGACUUGACCGCACUGAAUCACUGGUGAUACAACACUGUAAUAUUCAGCCUUAUUGUGAUCGUACUGCGGGUGAAUAUGCAAUGAUUGUUCGCCAGUGACUAGUGAUUCGUAGUCAAAAUGGAAUUUACAGGGUGUUGUAGUUUUAUAGUAGUUUCUGUAGCUCAUGUCGCUUGCUAGAGGAGGCACCGCACGUAUCGCGCGACGAACGCAGCACUAAGUGUAACGUCGAUUUCAACUUAAUACGAUUAGAGUUGAAACGUUCUGUGGAGGUUUCUUAAAGUUUGAUAUUUAUAAUGCUAAAGAUAUAAACAGAUGUCGGAUGUUUGUCGUUUUCAAAUUUUUCUCGUAUUUAUUCGCUUCGCGUGCGAAUUGUAACACUCGUGAUUGUAGCUGUCAGUGUGCUUUCAAUUGCCAAAAUGUUAAAAAUAAUAUUUGUGCGUUUAAAGACAAAACCAUAGUGUGGCGUGCGGUUGUAAUAGGCCUAUAUGAAAUUUGAAUGGAAAUUUUAUCUGCAAAGCUUAUUUUUAAUUAUAAAAAGUCAAUUAAAUGUUCAACGUACAAUUCUUUUAGCUAGAUGUAUCCCGAUUUCAAAACAUAGUAAAUGUAAUGGAAUCUACCAUGAUCAUCGUCAAGAAAGUAGUAGGUAUGCAUCGAUUUUAAAUAUUAAUCGAUGUGAGUGGUAACCACAUUAACAUGGUAGACGUGUUUAUCAUGGAAAAAUGCGGUUUAUCGUUUGUUGACAAAACACGAUGGCAAAGGGCAAGGCUUGAAAUGUACGCGUCAGUACCUUUUUUCUUGGUAGAAAACAUUAUACAUCUUAAUCGGGUGUAAUUAACAGAAAUGUAGGUAUGUAUAUUGUUUAAUAGUUGUUGCAAUUCACGAUGGCGAGUGAGCUUUAAUGUGUGGUGGUUCACUAAUGUCGUUUUUCAAAGGUUUUGAUAGACAUUACAUUAUCGUUAUGUGCAUGUAGUACACACACAAGUAAAGCUCACUCGCCUUCGUGAGUUGCAAGAACUAUACAGAUGACAGCACAUCAAGAUAAUCACAGUGGCGUCUUAACUCGUUGUAAUACGGGCUAUUUUGCAACAAAAAUGUAGUCUGAUGUGGUGUCGACUGUACUAAACUUGACGUCCUGUGUCAUUUGGCAAGUUGAAAGCACUGGCUGCGCCGGCGCCGCUACAUGAAGCAUUCACGUUUGAACUGAACUUUGAGCACAUUUCGCAAUAAUUCAUAACUGUUAUUAGCUUUUAUAAUGUUCCGCUAUCGCGUAGUUUUAGUGAUGAACAAAUUAAAAAUGUUGGAUAUCAUUAAAUUUAAGAUGUUCGCGUGUUAAAAUUGGACAAGUAAUAAAUAAUGUUAUUCUCAAAUUAGUAAACAGUAUAGGUUUACGGCUGUUGUAUACUACCCUGUUUGUGGGUUAUCUUAACCUGUGUAGUCGAGUAUGACGCGUUGUUUGACUGAUAUGUGACUGGAGUCCAUACAAAUAUAGUACAUUGCAAUACAGAAUGUAAAGUUUAUGGAAGUGUAAUUAUAAGUUGACCGUCAUAAACGCGACAGUCCUCGGAAUGGACCUGUCAAUUUAAGAUUGUUCACAUAAUGCUGCUUACUAGUAUUAUAUCGUCCCUUUGUCUCAUUCAAAUACCUUUAUGUUGACUGAAAGACUGUUCGCGUUAAUGACGGUCAAUGUAUAGAAGAAGUUCUGCUUGGUUUUUAAUUUGACAAAUUCCCUCGUUGGGGUAUUAUUAAAAAACUUAUUAACUGCCUUAAAAUUUUGACGAGUUAAAUAUAGGUAUGCGUGAAAAGUUUGAAUGGAAUUUUUCGGCAAAAUAGCUGUCUUGCUCGCACACAAAAUAAUCAUACGCGCGAGAAAGAAACGAAUGAAUUUGUGAACAAUACGUAUAAUUCUAAAGUUAUUGACAUUAGACAUUAUUUAUCUUAUUAUGUAGUGAUGUUAAAGCAUUUUUGUUGAAAAAAAUUGUAUAAAAAUUGAAUACACCAUGCAGAACUUCAAUGAGUUAAAGGUAAAACCCACGUUUUACCCUAUUAAUCCAUACGUCAUAUUGCCAAUAUACCUUUACCUAGUGUCGCUUAGUUUCUGUCUAGUGUAGAAAAUAGUAUGAAGUAAGAUUUUGUUAUUUAUUAUUCUAUUUCGGAUUAAGACUUGGAUUGUUAUUGGAGUCUUUGUGAUUUAUUUUGUAGAUGUUAAGCCUUAUGGCUUGAGAAGGGAAUUUUAUACUUUAAUAGUCAUCGCCAGUCUCGAUUUAAAUAUUAAAUUCUUUAAAAAAUGUUGAGGUAUUAAAAUUACCUCUUUUUAAACAAAGUAAUUGAACAGUAUUUCAGAUCCCACUCCUAAACUUGAAAUUGGAUUAAAAUGUGUUAUGAAAGGAUAGAUUUUGUGAUAGAUAUUGUUUACUUUUAGAAUAUAAUUUUACUUUUAUUUUAGAUAUAAAGUUGGUCACUCUGAUCUAAUCAAUCAAUGAGUUGUAGGUGUUAAUGUAAAAUAAUAAAUCCAAUUGUAAAAUCGUUUUAAUACAAAUCUCUAAAAUAAUCCCAGAGUGGUCAGUUUUGCAAGACGCGUCGUUUAGGGGCCUGACAGACAAUAUAAGGCCGCUUUCACAUUAGGGCGUGAGAAGCCUGACAGACAGCAGCGUUUUUAUAAUGUGAAGGCAGGCAUCCGCUGUCAUAUAGUAUGAAAUUAUCUGCUAAAGUCGCCUUAAUGUGAAAUCGCUCUAAAGCUGAUUAUUCGGACAGUGAAAUGUCAAAAUACGAGCCUUAAUUCUCCAACUUGGUUGAUUGAAGAGAAAGUUGAAUUAGAGCGCUUUCACAUUAGGGCGUUAGAAGCGCGACAGCAGCGCGGCAGCGGCGUUUUUAUAAUGAGAAGGAGUGCAUCCGCUGUCACAUCACAUAGUAUGAAGUUAUCGGCAGCGCGUCUGUCGCGCUGCUAAAGUCGCAUAAAUGUGAAAGCGCUCUUACAUUGUCUACAGGUUCGGUCUCAAUGAUAUGUCCGUUAUCUUUCCCCCUCACACCAAUGUAACAACGUAGAUUCCUGAACAAUGUGUUAGUCAUGGUAAUGAUUAAAAUAUGUCAUAAUGUGUUGCCAUUGUUUAGGUCGGUAAUAUUAUUUUAUUUUAGUUGUGUUACUAUAGGUUUUAUUUUCUUGUUAUACGGUGACGGUAGAAGCCACAUGCCUCAAUGUAAGGCGUACGAUAAUAUUUAUUAUAAAUACGAUAGCUUCGCUACGAACAUAAGGUAUUCGGCAUGUAAGCAACACGAUUGAAAUGUUAAUUCUCUAGUCUCCUACUCUUGUAAAGACAAAAAUGUGUAUGAAAAAUUUAAACUUAAUUUUUUAAAUACAUAUUCGGUUUAUAAAGUUUCUGCAAUAUAA